AUGGCAUUGACUUCUAUUUUCGGUGGUAGCUCUUCGUCUGCUCAACCUAAAGCAAACACAUCUACAAAUGAUGUUAAGACUCAACUAAAAUCUCAAAUCUCUCAAGAGCUUGCUGUUGCAAAUGCCACUGAGUUAGUGAACAAGGUCACUGAGAACUGUUUCGAAAAAUGUCUAAACGCUCCUUACACUACUACCCAAGAUAACUGCGUUGAUCAGUGUUUGGCAAAGUACAUGAGAAGUUGGAACGCUAUUUCAAAGGCUUACAUUGCUAGGAUCCAACAAGCUUCUGUUAAUGGAGAAAUCUAA